ACCAUAAACUUAGCAGCCUUAACUACUUAGGGAAGUCGUCUGGAUUUGUACAUCAUUAUUUGAGCUACUGUCUCACAUUCUCUGUAUUAAGAUUUGCAGUGUUUGGUAUUAACCAAGGUUAAUGUCUUGGUUUUCAGCAGAUAAGUAGCUUCUGUUUUGGAGAAUCCAGCUGUGGCUUCUAUCAGCAGACUCACAGGCCUGCGAGAAAUGAUAAAAUGAGUUUGGCCUUGUGAGAGAGUCUGACUUUUACACCGACAGUGAUUUCUAAAGAAGGACAACUGGUGACUGACAUGGGCGAAUGGGAUCUGCUGGGCCGCUUGUUGGAAAUGCAGAGCCACUCCACAGUGAUCGGGAAGGUCUGGCUCACCGUGCUGUUUGUGUUCCGCAUCCUGGUCCUGCACACCGGCGCUGAGAAGGUAUGGGGCGAUGAGCAAUCUGACUUUGUCUGCAACACUCAGCAGCCUGGCUGUGAGAAUGUCUGCUACGACAAAGCCUUCCCCAUCUCUCACGUUCGCUUUUGGGCCCUCCAGAUUAUUGCUAUAGCAACUCCGAAGCUUCUAUAUCUCGGUCACGUACUUCAUGUGAUCCACACUGAGAAGAAGGUGAAGGAGAGGAAGAAGCAUGCUGAUUUGGAUGACCAGGCCACUCUGUUCCUUAGGAGGGCCUACAAAGUUCCCAAGUACACCAAGAGCACUGGCAAGAUCAGCAUCCGUGGCAGUGUCCUUCGCAGUUAUGUCCUCCAUCUUCUGGCCAAGAUUAUCCUGGAGGUUUUGUUCAUCGGGGGUCAGUACUUUCUUUACGGUUUCACACUCCAGCCUCGUUAUGUCUGCACUAGCUCACCUUGCCCUCACAAAGUGGACUGCUUCCUGUCCAGGCCCACAGAGAAGUCAGUCAUCAUCUGGUUCAUGCUGGUGGCAGCAAUUGUCUCCCUCAUCCUCAGCCUGGUGGAGCUGUUAUACCUGUGUUCGAAAGCUGUGAAGGAGUGCAUGACGAGGAGGCAGGAUUACACAGUGACCCCGGUAACACCUCCACUUUUGGGAAGGAAAGCUUUUAAAGACGUGACGAGAUGAUCCAAAAUUCUGUGAACCUGGAGCUGGAGCUCCAAGGAAGAAAAUUGGGGUCGAACGGGGUCACA